AUGGAGAUUGAAUCAGAUUUACCGAAAUUUCCAGACUAUAAAUUAUCAGAACAGCAAUUUCUUAUACAACACACCAAUUUAUCGAAUGAAGAAAGAACAAGUUUAAUAAAUGAAUUAGUCAACACCAUUAAAACAGAGAACCUUGCACCAUAUUAUAAAUACUUACAAAAUGAAAUUAAAGAUUUUCCAUAUGAUGAAUCUACAUAUCAACAGCUAGCUUCCGAAAACGAUGAGCAAAUAACUGAAUUGAAAUCAAAAAUCAAAGAAGCUGAAGGUGAAGAAGAAACUGAAUUGGAUGUAACCACUACCACAACCAAAUUAGCAGAAUAUUAUACAAAAAUAAUUGAUAGAGUAAAUGCUCUUGAAACGUUCAAAAAAGUAUUAGAAUUGACUUCUGAUACUGGAAAGAAAAUAGAUCAUUUAUUAACUAUGGCUAGAAUAAAUUUCUUCUUUAAUGAUCUUCCACAAGUUGGUAAAGAUUUAGAUCAAAUUUCAAAUUUAAUAGAAAAAGGUGGGGAUUGGGAACGUCGUAAUAGAUAUAAAGCAUAUAAUGGGAUUUACCAAUUAGCUACAAGAAAUUUUGGAGAAGCAGCCAAAUUACUAAUUGAUUCAUUGGCUACUUUCACUUCAACUGAAUUAUGCUCAUAUGAACAAAUUGCUCAUUAUGCAAUUGUUGCAGGUGUUAUAUCUUUAGAUAGAGUUGAUUUAAAGAUUAAAAUAAUAGAUUCACCUGAGAUUUUAUCAAUUUAUUCAUCUGCUCCAAAGUUAGAACCAAUAUUAAAUUUAACUAAUUCAUUAUACACUUGUCAAUAUAAUUGUUUUUUUGAAUACCUUUUACAAACAUACGAUCAAUUAUUAGUACCAAACAAAUACUUACAACCUCAUGCAAAUUAUUUUUUAAGAGAAAUGAGAUGUAAAGCUUAUGGUCAAUUAUUAGAGAGUUACAAAUCAUUAUCUUCAAAAUCAAUGGCACAACAAUUCAAUAUUAGUGAAGACUUUUUAGAUCAAGAUUUAUGUAGAUUCAUUCCAAAUAAGAAAUUGCAUUGUGUGAUUGAUAAAGUUAAUGGAAUAAUUGAAACUAACAGACCAGAUAAUAAGAAUAAUCAAUAUCAUUUAUUAAUUAAACAAGGUGAUGGAUUAUUAACUAAGUUACAAAAAUAUGGAGCUGCUGUAAAAUUGAGUGGUGCUGAACGAGUUGUAUAA